AUGGAUUUUAACGAUUUAAUAUUUCCCUCUCCUAAACCUAGUUACGAUUACACUCUCUCUGGUCUCUACUACAUUGAAGAGGAACUUCAAUAUCAUCGUAGUCGUUCCCUCAUCCAACAAAACGAACUCAAAACAUACGAGGGCACCAUCAAAGUCACUCUCAAUCAAUCUGAGUCAACAAGACAAUUGAGUCAAAAUAGAUAGACCAAACGAAUAGUUACUCUUCUACAACUGGAAGAAAAUCUCAGAAAUGGUAUCAUUGUCUACUUUCAUGCCAAUGCCGAAGAUAUAGGAAUGUGCAAAUCUCUUGCAUUCUUACUUGCUGCUGAAUUGGAAAUGGCCUCCAUCUGUAUGGAAUAUCCAGGUUAUGGAAUUUACCAUGGUCAAUCAUCAAGUGAUACUAUAAUCAAGGAUGCAUAUCUCCUGAUUGACCAUCUCAUCAACAACCUCAAAGUCCAUGAAUCUAAAAUCAUUAUAAUGGGUAGAUCCAUAGGAACCAGUAUUGCUGUCGAAAUGAGCAUCAGAUACAAAAGAAUUAAAGCUCUUGUGCUAUUGAGUCCAUUUACAUCUCUUUGCGAUGUUAUUAAAGAUAAUAGUUUCAAUUGGGUAUCCAAAUUAGUUAAAGAACGCUUUAGAAAUCUUGAAAAAAUGCAUAAAGUGUAUUCUCCUACUCUUUUUAUCCAUGGUAUCAAUGAUAAAUUUAUAUCUUAUUAACAUUCAAUUUAAUUGAUGAGUAAGUGCAGUGGAUUUGUUCAUUUACAAUUAUUUGAAGGAAUGACACACAACUCCUUUUUAAUAGACUUGCAUAUCAUAUCUCCAAUCAGAUAGUUUUUAAUGAAAAUUUAAUCAUGA